AUGGCACAACGCUCCCACCAAUAUCGUCGAUUUUUAACUACCGUUAACGAAGCCAGUUCAAAGGGCAAAGUACAUUCGAACUCGAACUCAUCACACAUGCCCAUUAUGAAAACCAUUUUGAAGGCUUUCAUUACAUUAGCUGUUGUUUGCUUGGUUGCCUCUGCUUUGGCCUCUCCCCUCGAAUUGUCCGAGGAACAAAAAGUCAAGGCCAGAGAACACAUCGAAGAGUGUGCCAAACAGGAAAAUGUCCCCGAAGAAGAUGUUUUGAAAUUCCGCAACAAGGAUGUUGAAAAUCCCUCCAAGGCCUUCAAGUGUUUGGGUACAUGUUUCAUUGAACGUGCCGGUACCUUGAAAAAUGAUGAACUCCAAGACGAUGUUGUCAUUGCCAAAUUGGGCGGUUUGGUUGGUGAGGAGAAGGCCAAGGCAGUUUUGGAGAAAUGCAAGGGCAUCAAGGCCGAAGAUCGUUGCGAAACCGGUUACAAAAUCUUCCAAUGUUUCCAUGCUGCCAAUGCUGCUUACUAAGAAUGUCUAUUAAUUUAUUGCAAUAAUAAAU